AUGAGUGCCCAGCAGAGCCCGGCGGCGAAUAUGCAGUCCGUGGACAGAGAAAAGAUAUUUACGUGGAUCUUGGAGUUGUGCAAUCCUGAGACACGCGAAAACGCGUUAUUGGAGCUGAGCAAGAAACGUGAGAAUGUGCCAGACCUGGCACCCAUGUUGUGGCAUAGUUUCGGCACUAUAUCGGCGCUACUGCAAGAAAUCACCAACAUCUACGUGGCUAUGAUUCCGCCGACGCUCACAGCUCACCAGAGCAACCGUGUCUGCAAUGCCCUAGCGCUCAUGCAGUGCGUCGCCUCACACCCGGAGACACGCUCGGCCUUCCUACAAGCACACGUGCCUUUAUUCUUGUACCCUUUCCUUCAUACCGUAUCUAAAACGCGGCCAUUUGAAUACUUACGCCUAACUAGUCUUGGAGUCAUUGGAGCCCUAGUGAAAACAGAUGAACAAGAAGUAAUUACAUUUCUGUUGACAACUGAAAUUAUUCCGUUGUGUCUGCGAAUCAUGGAGAAUGGGUCCGAGCUGUCCAAGACUGUAGCUACAUUUAUUUUACAGAAGAUAUUACUUGAUGAUAGUGGCCUUUGUUACAUAUGCCAGACCUAUGACAGAUUUUCGCAUGUAGCUAUGAUAUUAGGAAAAAUGGUACUCUCUCUGGCCAAAGACCCAUCAGCUCGGUUGUUAAAGCAUGUAGUGAGGUGCUACCUACGUCUAUCCGACAAUGCAAGAGCUAGAGAGGCUCUGAGGCAGUGCUUGCCAGAUCAAUUGAGGGAUUCAACAUUUGCUGCCUGUCUCCAGGAGGACAAUUCGACAAAGCACUGGCUAGCCCAGCUAAUUAAAAAUUUGGAAGCCCAGCCACCCCCGGCCAGUCCGGCACCACAGAACAUGUGA